AUGAAUUUUGUCAGCUCGAACCCACACCGCGUCAACGAACUCUCUGAAGCAGUGUUUGGCACGCUUCUUCUCGAGUGCUUUGUCGAGUGCGAUCGCAUAAAGUGCUCGUGCAGCAAAAGCCAUGACCGAGACUGGAUGUGGAACCUAGGGUUCCUCAUCGAGCACAACAAGCUACAUCUGGUGAUGAAGGAUAUUGAAAACAAACUGCAGUCGCCUUUGCCGAAUGUGCGCUCGAUUCUGUUUCUUGGCUUACGGAAUGAGUAUGCGCACCAGCUGGAGCAUGUCCAGAUGCUUAUCCCGUUCCCCCUGAACGUACCCAAGCUCUUUGACAACCUCACAUCGCUUUCAAUUAACAUCCGCUACAUACGUCUGCGUCGCGACUUGCCUGUUAUUCCAACUCGGUGCCUGCGCAUCCUCGAGGUGUUCCAGAUCGAGGCUGUUAUCCCGUGGCACCUCUUCGAGACCACCAAUGGCGCGCUGAGCUUUGACAGCCUCCAGGAUCUGCGCGGCCGGGUAUUCGAGAGACUGACUAUUAUGGACGACCCGACGAACUUUGAACGCAUCAACGAGCACGCGUUCGAGACAGCUCCGUUUGUUGAUGUGUACUCUGUCGAUAUGGUUGAGCGCCUGUAUCAGCUGCCGUCCAGCGUUGAGGUGGCUACUCUUGGACUGCUUGACUAUCCGCUUCCGGGGCUGAUUGCAUGGCACGGGCUUGCCAACCUGCUGGGACAGCUGCCGCUUCUGCACACGCUCGUCGUGGACUGCUUCUCGAUGAUCCGGAACGACGCCAAGGUCACCAAGUUCCCGGACCAGAAGAUCACAUUUGACGAGAUCGGCGAGGUCCUGGAUCCAAGCAGCCAGCUGCCAGUCAGCGAGAGUCUCGAGCGACUGGAUCUCUUUGUUCGCGGCACAUUCGACCUGGUCGGUUUCUGCGAGCUGGUGGUGUGUCUUCCUCGAGUCACCAAGGUCAGGGUCAACCACCACAUGAUCCCGCACAUCAUGAGCAUGCUCCACCAGGUCUUCAAAGUCAGCCGCAAUAUCGCCUUUGAGCCCUUGUCCUAG